CUCUUCCGGUCCUUAAGUUAUUUGGUAGUGGGAUGUCCUUUAUCUUUUUCACACCAACGUAGUGCGCGUGGUCCUUCAAAUCAAACACAGAGGAGGACAGCACUGUUUCGCCAAUGGUUUGUGCUCGUUGCUGUUUAAAUUCAAUAUACCCAUUUAAAAGGCGACAUCUUGCUGUUUUGAGCACAUAGCCGGAACCAUGGGGAAGAGAUACUACUGUGACUACUGUGACCGGUCCUUUCAGGACAACAUGCACAACCGGAAAAAACAUCUCAACGGUGUCCAGCAUCACAGAGCUAAGAAGGCCUGGUAUGACUACUUCAGAGACUCUUCAGCCAUCCUGUGCGAUGAGCAAACAAAGAAACCCUGCAGGAAAUUUCUCCAAAAAGGAAUUUGUGAUUUUGGCCCUAACUGCAGGUUUUCUCACAUGUCCGAAGAGGAUCUGUUUAUCUUAAAAAGACAGGCGGAAGAUGAAAGGCGGCACAGAGAGGACUAUGUAGACAGAAAGAUGCCUGGGCGAAGUAUAGAAGAGUGGCUCUCCAGAAGGGAGAAGAAGCAAACUGCCGUCGGUAGCAAAGGAGAUCUAAAAGAUAAGGACGACAGCGAAGAGGGCCAAGAAGAAAGUGACGUACCUCAACAUCUCCUCUCCAUCCCCGACCUCCCACCCUCUCUCCUGCCUCCUCCUCCAGGCGGAUGGAGAGUCAAAGUGAACACAGAAUGGGGUUGAAAGAUAUUCACUUUGUGCUUCAUAUCACUAUGACGUGGGUGUGCCACAUUAAUAGGAGGAGGAAUGGUUCAGAAUACAUAUGUUAUAAAGAGAUGGUGUCACGUUUGUAAUUGGCAGUUUGAAGGGAGGUUUGAAAUAAAUAUAAAAAUUAGGAUAAAAACACUUUUAAUGCCGUAUAGUUUAGGUCAUGUUUUGUUGAACUAUCAAUUAAAAACUUUUCUUAAAUCCUUGAACAAAAAAAUGGAUUAAGUUUCAUCAGGACAUUUUUUAUAUAGAAAGUUUGUUUGUUGUCAUUGAACCAUCAUGCAGAUCCCUUGGAUUUGUUAUGAAUGUAUCAUCAUUUUUAUUCGCCUGUUUAAGUCCUUGAUUAGGUUAUUCCUCAUAAUAUGGGAUUAAGCUGAAAUGUGUAUACCUAAUCUAAUUUGUUGCUUACAGCAGAAGCCUCAUUAAAUUGCUUUGAGUUUUUUCUUCUAUUUUGUCUAA